UGGGGAAAAACAGGAAAUUCUGUCGAAAACGAAAAAUUCGGGGCUUUUCGGAUUAAAAAUGUCUUUCUCUGAAAGUAAUAAGGGGAGUUUGGAGGUGGACAGUUAUGAGGGAGCUGCUGGCGGCGCGCUGUCUGCCUGCGCUUUAGCAAUGCUGGACAAAGAGCGAGAGUCGAUGCUCAGCUUGUCGGAGAGCUCUGGCACCUUGAUCAGCAGCAACCCCAGCAGUCUUCAAGUUGGUGCCCCUCUCCAAGGCUACGAUGUGGACUUUGAUCCGCCGCUGGAGAGUAAAUAUGAAUGUCCGAUCUGUCUCAUGGCCUUAAGGAAUGCCAUUCAGACACCCUGUGGUCAUCGCUUCUGCAAGAGCUGCAUCGAGAAGUCCAUUCGUGAUACAGGACAGCGAUGUCCUAUAGACAAUGAAAUGCUAUCCGAAGACCAGCUGUUUCCUGAUAAUUUCGCCAAAAGAGAGAUUCUUUCACUAACUGUUCGCUGUCCCAACGCAGGCUGUGAUGAGAAAAUGGAGCUCCGACACCUGGAGAAUCAUUUGGCGCAGUGUCCGUUUGCCACUGUGUCCUGUCCACAGUGCCAGCAGAGUGUGAGAAAGACUCAGCUGGAGAAGCACACCAGCAGUGAGUGCCAAAGACGACCUGUGACAUGUCCAGACUGUGUGGCAUGCUUUGUUUACGAGGAGAGACAGCUCCAUGAGCUGCAAUGUCCCUUUGCCAAUGUGGAAUGUCAGUACUGUGGACUGGAGCUCAUCAGAGACCAGAUGGAAUCUCAUUGUGACACAGAUUGUCCUAAAGCACCAAUUGCCUGCGCUUUUAGCACCUUUGGAUGCCAAGAAAAGAUGCAGCGACAUAACUUGGCUCAGCACAUGCAGGAGUUCACGCAGAUGCACAUGCGCUACAUGGCUGAGUUCCUGCGCAGCCUUGCCAUCAACAGCACAAUCCCCAAACCGCUUUGGUCCUUAGGACAGUGUUCUGGCUCAUCUGCGGAGCAGGUGGCAGCAGCAGCUUCCUGCGGAAGCAGAGACGCUGUGAACUGCAGCAGCAACUGUGCUCCGUGUCAGCCGAACGAGGAGAUGAGGAGGCUCCUGGAGAUGGAUCGACGCUUGGUAAAGCAGGAUCACCUGCUGCGUGAGCUCAUCAUUUUUAAAGAAACACAGACAGAACAUCUUGCGGAGCUCCGGCGUAAAGUGUUUGCUCUCGAAGCGACGGUAAAGGAGCUGGAGGGGCAGCAUUGCCAUGGUAUCUUCAUUUGGCGUGUCAGAGGCUUCUCUGGUCUCAAGCAGCGUCAAGAGGCAGGCCUGCCGGUCGUCGAGCACAGCCCAGGCUUCUACACAGGUCAUCCUGGAUACAAACUGUGUCUGCGCUUGCACCUGCAAGCCCCAAAUGCGCCGCGCUGCUCCAAUUUCAUUUCCCUGUUUGUCCACACUAUGCAAGGAGCUUUUGAUGCCCAGCUGAGCUGGCCAUUUCAGGGUACUAUUCGGUUGGCCAUCCUCGACCAGGGUCCUGAAGGUCAGCAUCACAUGGAGGUGAUGGAGACUAAGCCAGACCUGCAGGCUUUCCAAAGGCCCACCAUCCCCCGCAACCCUAAGGGGUUCGGUUAUGUCACAUUCUUGCACCUGAAUCAGCUGAGUCAGAGAGCGUUCCUUAAAGACGAUACCCUACUAGUCCGUUGUGAGGUCACACCUCGGUUUGACAGUAUGCUUCAUCGGGAGGGGCCAGCAGUGCAGUCUCGAGGCUCUGAGGGUUUAGUUUUGAAGGACUAAUGUCGGUAGAUGUCGGAACAAAUACUUUACAUGUUUCAGUUGCACUGGCGUGUCAGUAAGUAGAUCUCCCACAGCUUCAGCACUGACCCAAUUUAGUUGAAUUCUAUGAACGUUAAUAAAUUAUGUUAGACGUCUUCAUGGGUCCAAAUGCUUCCUGGUGAAUUUAAAGUUCAGUCAAGUCCAUUUUUAUUCACACCCAUCACGUUGGCAUCAGGCCAGCCUUUUGGAUUUUGGUUUAGUCCGUUAAAAACACUGACUUUCCAGAUGUGAGAAUUUAUUGUGUCUUUGAAUUGAUUUUAAUGAGUGAAAACCUCAGUCUGGUUUUAGUGAACACCUGCUGGCCAGCUCAACAGUAGAACUGCACUCCAUCUGCCUGUGCAACAGUCACAUUGUUUUGUCCCUGUGGUACCCAACAAAAUUUAUUGGAUAUUCAACAAAUUUCAACCUGAAAUCCUAAAUGGAGGUAUCUAGAGUGUGAUCAGGUUUCACCCAGAUCCACGAAAUACCACCCACUUCACUGAAUGUUAGUAAGUUUUUUUUUUUUUUCCCCACUCGGGGUCGCCACAGCAGAUCCAAUGUGAAUCUGCAUGUUGACAUGGCACAAGUUUUACACCAGAUGCCCUUCCUGAAGCAAUUCCACAUUACAUGGAGAAAUGUGGCAGUGGUGCAGUUUAAACCGGGAGCCUUCGGUGCUGAAACCAAGAGCACUAACCACUUUGUUGCUAUCCCUGUGAAAAAACCUGUGUUUAAAAACAGUGCUCCUUAAAAAAAAAAAAAGAUUGAAGGGAUUUGCAUAUUUCUUCCACUAAAGUGCAUAAUAUUAAAAGAUUCAAGUAAUAUGGAGGAAUGUUUAAAGGACAAGGGUGAAAGUCUAAAAUAUACACCUGUGAUCUCUGAUCCCUCAGAUAACACUGC